ACUAUAUUAAAAUAUCCUUUUUUUUUCAGAUUCACAAUGAAUUCCAUAAGAACCAAACUGUUUGAUUUACUAAUUAGUGCAAGACCAUUGCUUCAAUUUACAUUAAAUGUUAGAAAAAGAAAUUUAAUGUUUACAUGGCAUUCUUUGGCAUUGAAUACUGACGGAUCCUUUCGAAGCAAUGUGUGGAAGGGAAAUAACUUGCCUAUUCAGAAUAUUUAUGUAACUUCGCAUAGAUACUAUAGCAAAAAUACAAGUCAUGGAUCAUUGAUAACUCCAGAGACAAGCAGUGCAAGUGAGCUUACAAUGAAAGAAAAUGUAUGUGAUUCUGUGGCAUUGUUGGAGGAAGAAUGCAGUUUUCCUGUUAGUGAAAACGAAGAUUGGUCAUCAGAAAUGAAGUGGAUAAAAAGUCAAGAAAGCAAAGAUGUUCUUUCUCCUCCCAAAGAUCUCUCUGAGAUUGACAAUUUAUCACCUGAGCUGAGGCCUACAUUCAACUUAGCUGCAUAUGCAAACAGGUCACAUACCCUGCAACAACUUAUAAAACUUGGAGUUGACCUUAGUAAUUGGGACAAGAGGAAGCAUAUCAACUCAUUCAUCCUUAAGCUUGAUUUUGAAAGAGACAUGAAAAAAUAUCUAAUGUUUUUGCAUGAUGUGGGUGUUGAAGCAGAUGAUCUUGGCAAGUGGCUCACUGUUAAUCCACUAAUUUUCAAAGAAAAUUUAGAGAAUCUCCAAGUCCGACUGGAUUAUCUCCAUUCUAUGAACUUCUCUCCGGAUCAGAUUACUCGUAUCAUAUCCAAGAAUCCCAAUUGGUUACUCUUUAGUACUGUUAGAAUAGACAACCGUCUAGGAUAUUUUCAACGAACUUUUCAUUUGACUGGUGCUGAAGUAAGGCUACUGGCAACUAAGCAGCCAAAACUCAUCACCAUGAACUUAUUCAGUAUUAAGCGUACAUCUUUUGCUAUUGAAGAGGAAAUGGGAUUUAGCCCAUCAGAGAUGAAGAGCCUGCUACUGUCUCAACCAAAAAUAUGGAGGGCAAAUGGUGUAUCUCUGCUAAGAAGGUUUGAGAUUGCCCAUAACCAAAUUGGUUUGUCACAUUCCCAGAUCGUCCAGUUUCCACAAAUUCUUAUGUCAAGAGACUUCAGGAUAAAGCAGCGCCAUGAUUAUCUGAAGCUUAUUGGACGAGAUCAGUAUGAUCCACUCAAGCCAAAUUAUGUAUCUCCAUCUGCUUUAGUGUCUAGUGAUGAUGUAGAAUUCUGUACUACUAUUGCUAAAACAUCAGUUCAGAAUUUCAAUGACUUUUUAAAAACAAGAUAAAAUUGUUAUUCUCUUUAUGGUGAUAAAGUUUAAAUUUGUUAUAUUGGAGUAAAUUAGUAAUAUUUAUUGUGUUAGUAAAGAAUAUAGUUCUGUACACUAAAUAUAUAUGUAAUAAACUUAUUUUGGUGUAGUAUUUGACCCUUUUUUGUCAGGAAUGCAUAACCUGAAAUUUUUCUCAAGAAUAAUCUAUGCUGAAAAUAAUGUUGACUUAUGCAGGAAGGGUAUGUUUGUGCAUAUUUUUAUGUACAUUUAAUCAUUUUAUAUGAAAUGCUAGGAAUGAAGGAGGCACAAUUUUUUGUCUGCUGAUAGCAAGAUGCACAUGGUACCCAUCUUCCUGCUGAAAUCCACAUAACCUGAAUACAGUGGUACCCCAAGUUUCGUACAGCUCCCAACUCGAACAAUUAUGCAAGUGUAUUAUUUUAAGUGCUUUUGUAAGUGUAGUUUAGCACUCCCCCAUGAUUAUAAUAAUAAUAACAAUUUUGUAAGUGUAUUUUCGGGGGUCUGAAACGUACUAAUCUAAUUUACAUUGUUCCUUAUGGGAACAAAUUCUUUUGGUAACGGCACUCGAACAGCCUUAGGGUACAAAUUAUGGCCAAAACUUGGGGUAUCACUAUCUCCUAUUUUCCAAGGUGUUGUUUAACACCUUAUGGUUUUAAUGUUCCCAUGAAUGUAAUAAUAAUCAUCAAGGCAUCUUAUGGAAAAUAUUACAUAAAUUUAAAAAUGCAACUGGCAAAUACACAGUCUAAGCCUUCCUCACAGUAGGUUAUGCUGAUGUUGAAAGUUUAUGGCAUAUCAAAACAGGUAUUCAAGUUACUGCAAGACAACUGCUUCACUAUUUUCAUGUAUAAAAUUGGUAAAUUGGCACCUAUACAGCCCAGUAACAAUUCAAACCUUCUUCUAUAUAUCAGAUAAUUUCCCAUAUUAACAACCAUCACCACCACUCGCUUCUCCCUACGAAUGUUAAGACACAACUCGAGAUACGAGUGCAAAUAUUAUUGUAUACCAGUGUUUAAAGUUUGAUGAUGUUUAGAAGGGGCAUUCUCAGUAUCUCAAGUAAAUCACAGAGGAAGAAUGAUAUUUCAACCACUACAGGUAGUCUUUUUUUGGAGGUACCCAUCUAGUAAGUAAGUUUAUUCAGGUAUACACAAAUACAUUUACAUAGCAGCAUGUGUGUAGAGAACCUAGGAUAACCCAAAAAAGUCAGACGGAGUGACUUAAGUUGCUUUGUUUAGUAGUACUAUACUGAUUUAUUUGUAUUAUAAAUCUGAGCAGACCACAAACACAAACACACACACACACACACACCUGAGAAUAAUGUUCCGAUACAUCAGUAAGGAAUGGUUCAAGACACUAUACACUAUGUACGUUAGGCCCAUACUGGAGUAUGCAGCACCAGUUUGGAACCCACACCUAGUCAAGCACAUCAAGAAAUUAGAUAAAGUGCAAAGGUUUGUAACAAGGCUGGCUCCAGAGCUAUGGGGAAUGUCCUAUGAAGAAAGGUUAAGGGAAAUUGGCCUGACGGCACUGGAGGACAGGAGGGUCAGGGUUGACAUGAUACGAGAUACAAAAUACUGCGUGCAAUAGAUAAGGUGGGCAGACAAGAUGUUCCAGGGAUGGGACACAGAAACAAGGGGCCACAAUUGGAAGUUGAAGACUUACAUGAGUCAAAGGGAUGUUAGGAAGUAUUUCUUCAGCCACAGAGUUGUUAGGAAGUGGAAUAGUCUGGCAAGUGAUGUAGUGGAGGCAGGAACCGUACAUAGUUUUAAGAUGAGGCAUGAUAAAGCUCAUGGAGCAGGGAGGAGGAGGACCCAGUAGUGGUCAGUGAAGAGGUGGGGCCAGGAGCUAUAACGACACCUGCAGCCACAAAUAGGCGAGCACAAAUAGCAGAGUACACACACACACACACACACACACACACACACGAGAGUUACGUCAAGAGUAGUGCUUUAAUUACUGUGUCAUCUUAACUUUCUGUACUUGUUAAGUGAGAUUUUAAUUUCUGAGGGACAAUUUUAGCUUGUGAGUUAAUAUUUUUUAUUGUAAUAUAAUAAUAAUAAUUAUUAUUAUUAUAUUAAUGGUGAGAGUGAUAAACCCAUAGAGAUCAUACAGUGCCUAUGGAAAUGGGAGGCAAUCAGAUCUGAUUCGAAAAAAUGGAGGCCAGGUUGAAUGCCUUGGAUCAAGUCUCUCUCACCAGCAUCAAGAGACUUUCCAUGGGGGGAAAAGCUCUCAGUAAAUUUUACAACUUCCUUCCUUCCGUUUGUAAAUUCAACAUGACUUUCUUCCCUAGCUGAGUCCAGUAAUCCAGCAAUCUCUCCUUUGUUUCCCACCCUCUGUAUAAUCCCUUUGCAGACGUAUUUUGACACACUUCCCUCGUUUGACCUUGCCAGACCCCUCACAUUGUAAGACUUGACACUCCAGAAUAGAUCUCUUACCCCCUUGUCUUAAGCCUUACAGUUUACUCUACUCCAAGACUGUUUCCUUCCAGGAAGGUGCAUCGAUGCUUCCACGUCAAUAUUGUAUAAUAAAAAUCCCAGACACUGUUACCUCGCCUCCCUCAUUGCCGCUGACUUAAAUCCUCAGUUGUGUGACUCCCAUUUACACCCUUGUAUAUAAAGUCGGUUUGCAGUCUUCCUCGAAACCUUGCCAUCAGCCAUGAUAUAUUUUUAUUUGCUUCAACACAAAUAGCUAAAUCCUCCUUUGUUUUCUACUCAACAGGUACCUUCAUAUUUAUACGAAUCUGAUUAUUAUUAUUAUUGGUUUUCAACUUAGUGGCCAUAUCCCACCAAGCAGUGUGACCCAAAGAAGAAAACAUAUUCACCAACAUUUAUUCAACUGUUGUUUUCCAGAAGUGUAUCAUAAUCUAAUUAUCUCCCACUUAUUAUAAUUAUAUUAUCAUAUUUGUUAUUGUAUUCACUUAGAAAGGGCUAAGCCCUUAUGUGUCAUAAUAAUAAAGAAAAUAAUAUGCACUGUAUAAUCUAAAGAAUUACAACUAUUAUCCUUUCUGGCAGUGUAUGAACUAUAUGGGUUUGACAAUAUGAUAUGUUGUGUAUCUUUAUACGUAUAUGCUUCUAAGCUGUUGUAUUCUGAGCACCUCUGCAAAAGCAGUGAUAAUGUGUGAAUGUGGUGAAAGUGUUGAAUGAUGAUGAAAGUAUUUUCUUUUUGGGGAUUUUCUUUCUU